CUUUCCUUCGACCAUUUUGCGACAGCCUCUCAUUCGUCAACCACAAAACACGUGACGACCACACCCACGACGCGCCUGCCCUGCAAGCCUCUGCCUCGCCUUCGCCUUCACCCUCGGUCGGCAAUAACAGACUGGAGCAGAUUCAUAGAUAAAAGGAUUGGACAUUGCGAUUGACGCUGACAAUCACAUUGCGACCGCAUCGCAUUGUCUUCAUCAUCAACACCACGAUCAGCAUCCAUCCCCAACUCAAUCCAUCUUUUCCUGCGUCUGCAUCUGCGUCUCGGUGCAGUGGCGCGACUCCCAUCAACACGAGGACGCUUUGGCUGUCUGGACCUUCGACCUUCCGAUCGCACCGACGCGCCUCAGGGAUUCAAUCAACACUACCACCCGCAUCGCAUCCGCAUCCCCAUCCCACCACCACUUCGACCGACCACCUUUCGCAAUCUUUGUAUAUUCACUCUCGCCGUGUCGCAAAUCAAUAGCGCACCACCUGCUUGCUAAUCCCCUCCCAGUCGCCACGUCCUCGUGACCCGGUAAGGCUACCCUACCCCUCGGCCGACUCCCGCGCCCCGUCGCUGUCAUAAAUUAUUUGCGUCUGCGCGAGGCUACCUGUCUCAUCUUCGCGACAAGCUAUUUUUUGAACUUGACCUUCGCGCCAUCCACUGCGUAUCACCUUCGACCGAUCGCAUCGUAGCGUCGCAUCCUUUUACUUUCGCGCAUUUCCCCACGCUACUUUUCUCUUCGUCAAUUGGUUCGGGUCGUUGGGCAAGGACUGGUCCCGUUGGUGUGUUGAUGGCCGUCAUGACGACUCAACAGCCAGAGGGAGUCGCAGUCGAGCAGAAGAUACAACCCGUUCCAUCAUCUGACAAGAUGGCUUUGGAUUUAGAAAUCAACGGGUGAGUCUGCCUCGAGUUCCUCUUCUCUUCGCGCAUCUCCUUUCCUUUCUUCUCUCAAACUUUGUACACUUAUUUAUCAAUGAAAUCUUUGCAGACAAACUCCUAGAGCUGAGACCAUUGUUGACUCUACCUCAUCUGAUCUUGCUCUGAACAAAUCCGCCGAGGCUACCUCACCUUCAACCGACGCAGUGAAUUUGACUUCGAAGGCGGUGGCCGUCAACGGUACCGCAAACGAUGAUGCAUUCGCCGCGAAUCAAACAAUCCCAACCCCUCCUAUUGAUAAUAACCCAGAGGUCGCGCAGAUAGAUAAGGAAGCUUCAAAUCUGCCGCAAGUCCCAGAUACAAACACAAACACCACCGCCACCGAGGCCGCGCCACUCUCGACAUCCCUCGAAAUACAACAACCAGACCCUUCGGCGCUUCUCGCAUCUACAGACUUGGCUGUAGAGGCAGCGGUGGACGAUACUGCAGCAGUAUCCACUGUGCCACCAGUGGUUGAGACGCAGGAAUCUGAUCUUCGCAAUACCAUCUCCUCUCCAAUUCCAUCUGAUUCCGCCCCGUUAGAUGCCGCGCAGAAUCUCACCCUGGGCCCCGAUAGCUCGCAAGAUCUCUUCCAAGAUACCAAUGACAGCUCCGGACAGCCUGUUGUCGCCGCGGCCGGGACUGAAGCUGGAGAAUCGACCUUGGAGAAUCCUCUCAAUGAGAUUUCUCAAGAUAGUCAGGUCGAUCAAACAGGACCGCAGAAUACGGAGGAUCUCAACAUGAUUUUAGAUGCGCCAAUUGCCGCAAAGCCAAGCGCAGAUGUUGACAUGAGUGCGACCACCAACGAUAGCACGCAACCAGAAUCUGCAGAUACCGCUAUGGUCGAUGUCUUGCCGCCGUCUCAAUCUUCAAACAAGCGCGACGCCGUCGAAGACGAAGAACAGCCACCAGCCAAACGAACCAAGACAGAAGAAACUGACGGUCCGGACGCAGGAUCAUCGUUUGCCUCCCGUCUUCAAAAUGGCACAUCUCCCGCACCAGCGACUAAUGGUCAGCCUGCAAAGGUUGGCGAGCCGGUGACCAAUCAUAUGAUCAAGGAAUGUGUGAAAAUCCUGAAGAACGCUGCGAGGACUGCUGCUGGAAAAAACUUCAAAGCUCCGGUGGCCACUCUCUGGCCAGGAUUGGCAGAAGCGUAUAACGCUAAGAUUGCCAAUCCUACAGACCUAGCCACGAUGGAGACCAACCUCAAAACCCAGAAAUACUCCACACUGCAGGAUUUCAAGGCCGAUGUCAACCUUCUUUACACCAAUGCCUGCGAGUUCAACGGAGAUACCCACUUGGUCGCGAAUUCCGCAAGGGAACUAAGAGAUUCUAUAUUUGAAAAACUCCGACGUAUUCCUCCAGAGCCAGCUCCAGUUGUCAAGAAGGAGAAGAAGCAGCCGAAGAAACCGACACCUGUUGCUGAAGCUGCACCUCGACCCCCACCUCCUCGAAGACUUUCGAAAGGAUCUGGCCAACCUGCACAAGCACAAACCUUCGCUUUGGACCCAGCCACCAAUACUCCACUUAUCCGACGUGAUUCUACCAAGAACGACAGCGGUCGAUUUCCAAAGCGUGAGAUUCAUCCUCCAAAAAACAAAGAUCUUCCGUAUUCAGCCAAACCCAAGAGCCGGAAGUUUGCAACUGAGCUUCGCUUCUGUGAAGAAGUGCUGACGGAGUUAAAGAAGGCGAAACACAGCCAUCUCAAUCACAUUUUCAUGGAAGCCGUUGACCCAGUCGCUCUUAACAUCCCGACUUAUUUUGAUAUAAUCAAAGAACCCAGGGACCUUGGCAUGGUCACUGAGAACCUCCGAACAGGGCAUUAUGCCAAUGCCAAAGAGUUUGAGAAAGACAUGCGUUUGAUCACUUCAAAUUGCUGCAGAUUUAACCCCUCUGACAACCCUGUACAUCAAAUGGGCAAGGACUUUGAGGCUCUGUUCAACUCGUUAUGGGCGAAGAAGAAUCAAUGGAUUUCAGAACAUUCCCCUGCUGCACAUAGCCCAUCACCUACAGUCGAGUCGGAUGACGAGGAGAGCGAUGACGAAGAACCAGAAGGGCAGGCUCCGAUGGCUGGAAGUGCUGCUGCUGCACGACUCAUUGAGGAGCAGGGCAAACUGAUCGCCUUGAUGACUGGAAACAAGAAGAAGGAUCAAGCAAGCAUUGACAUUCAACAACAGGUGGUGGAGAUGCUCCAGAAGAGAGUCAACGCUGAAGCCGAGACUGAAAAGAAGCCUAAGAAGGCAAAGGCGCCAAAGCCAAAGAAAGCUGCUCCUGCGCCAAAGAAGGAGAAGCCAACUUCCAAGAAACCUACCAAGAAGCCGCAAAAAUAUAUGGGUACAAUCGAAAAGGAAAUCAUAUCUGACGGACUCGGCUUAUUACCCGAGGACAUCUCUCAGACAGUUCUGGAUAUGAUUAAAGAUGACCAGGGCGGCAUUGACGUGAGUAUUCCGAAAAAGACAUAUCUGGUGUUUCUCCUACUAACAAUAUUUAGGUUGGUGAGGAUGGUACUCUGGAACUCGACAUUGAUGUCAUCAGCAUGCCAGUUUUGUGGCAAAUUCAUGCUAUGAUCAUGGAACACGCACCUGAAGUGGAAGCUACCGUCCGCGCUAGAUUUGCGGAGAGGGAGGGCCCCCGUACUCUGGCUAAGCCGGCACCAAAGAAGAAGAAUAAGCCUAUGAGCAAACAUGAGCAAGAGAGAAACAUCCAACACCUGAGAAAAGAGUUGCAAAGCUUUAACCAACCUUCUAAUCGCCCUGGCUCUGAAGACACUGUUCUCAUGCAGAGUAAGUUUGCCUGCAGAUAAAUAGUAACUCAAUUUGCUAAUGUAAUCCCAGCUGUCGAAAAACCAGAGGAAGAAUCUAGCGGGGAUGAGUCGAGUGACUCUGAGGAAGAAUAAAUCCGCAAUUCCACAUCUCUUUUUGUGGUUCAGCGAAAACUUGCGUGUACCAUUCCGGACUGCAAGAAAUAUCCGACUGUACUACCACGCCUCUUCACCUAACUACCUAACUUUGUUGAACAAACAAAGAAAAUGAUGUACAUUAUCUUCAAUUUUACAUCUGCGAAGCCUUUACGAUCGAUUCCCGCUAGCCAAAAAUUAUACAUCGAGUACCAACAAUUCACCCAGGAUGAAUACUGAAAGGGCUUGGGGCAUCAAAGAGAUGCACAAACAUGAGAUUGUAUCUCGUGGCCUGUAUGCAGAUUUCCACUUUUCUUUCCUUUUUGAUUUUCAUGAGAUGAGGAUACAAAGCGAGCAUGAUGAGAAUGGGAUGAGCUAAAUGAUCUUUUGCUCAUGUCACAACUUUCAAGUAUACCAUUUGAGACGACGAAAUUGGGGGGAGGGAGAGGUGGAGGAAAGAAAGAAACGAAAGCGCACUCUUCUGUAUGAUAAAGAUCGGGUGGAUGUGGAGUGGGGUGGGCAUUUGCAAAGAGGCAUUCAUUCGAUGCAUGGAGAAUCCAUUUUCUCUUCCUAGCAGGAGUGAUGGUGCUAGUAAGCAGAUAUCUACGAUUAGUAGAUUAUCUACUGCCUAUUUUUCUGGAGGCGAGCGAGAAAAGAAAAGAAUAGCGAUGAAUCAAUCCAUGAAUUGAAUUGGGUGAAAUGAUCGAUUUCCGCCAGUUCUUUUUGUAUUUGCUUUUUUUCUUUUCUUGAGAUGGGCCUGCUGGAUGGAUGGAUAGAUAGAUAGCUUUGUUUGUCUGCCUGCCUUGCCUGCCUUUGGCUGACGCUGCCCGCUGGAUUUGCACAGUAGGUAGAGUAGCGAGAAUCUGAAAGAAAAAACAUAUUAAUAAUACCUUGAAU